ACCUUACAGGAAAUAAUUCAAAAUAACAAUUUUGCUAGAAAAAAGACAUGUUUUUGCGUUUUUUUACUAAAAGUUUGUCAAUUUUCCAUCCUAAAACCACUAUUUUUCAUAUACUUAACGCCAAUUAAUUAUAUUUCUUCUUCCUCCAACUACAUAUAUCACUGUAAUAACUGUUGUAGUGAUUGAUAUCACGUAGUGUGUGCAGUCCCAUAUUUUCAAAGUGCAUGCGCACAAUGAAAAAGUAAGAAGGAGCCCGACUUGCCACGUCGCGGGUCCGGUAAUCUUCACUGUUGAUUUCAUGGUAGUGUUGUGCUGUCGCCAUCUUAGCCCGUGAAAAAUUGUAAUUUUUUAAAGAAGAUUUCCAGUUUCUUUUUCAACAUAAGAGGUCCCAUUCGGUCACCAGCCAGGUCGGAUUAUAACGAGUUAAAAGGUCAAGUAGAAUCAAUGUCCAUAUUUAUUGCGACGCAGCAAAAAGAGCUGGAUUCUUUGAAAGAAGCAGUAGGGAAGAAUGAUAUUCCUCAAGGACAGACUCCAAAGGACAAGGGUUGGUCACUUGGUCUCUCAGACGAGGAGGACAAUUCUCAGGAGAAGGAAUCUGAGAAUUUUGCAAAUAUGUUUCAAGAUAAACCACAUGAUGGUCAGGACGAUAACGAGCUGGUAGAGAUUAUGAAAGAUAUUGAGGGCAGCAUUGAAUAUGGUCCCGAUCUGCUUCCACAAAUCUCUGAGGGGUUUUCAAAAACAGUUAGUCGUCCUUUGACAAAGGAAACUGCCUCAAAACUCAAAGAUCAGAUAAAAAUCCCGUCCAACUGCAAGGGUUUUGCUGUUCCGAAAAUGAAUUCUGAAAUCUGGGCCCAUUUACCUACGGGGGCAAGGCUGGCAGAUAUCCAAACUCAACAAGUUCAACAAUCAAUUAGCUUUGGUCUAAUUACAAUGGCCGAAAUUGCAAAUGAGGUUGCCACUCACUCAAAUGAGAUCCCUCAAGAGGUGAAGAAAAGGAUUUUGAAAUUAGCUAUUGAUGGAGGAAAUAUUUUGGGCGAUCAGCUGCAGGCGAGCAAUAUGAAACGCCGUCAGGAAGUGAAAAAAUUAAUUAAUCCAGAGUACAGUGCAAUUUGCAACAAACAGUUGCCAGUAUCGGAAUAUCUUUUUGGUGACAAUUUGAGCGAAACUUUAAAGACGUCAAAAGCAGCUUCAACUGUUAUUCGAUCGUCAAUGACAAGGACUACUCGGUUCCGUCCAUACAAUUUCUCAAGAAAUACCGGAAAUUUAAACUUCCAACGCCCGUUCCCACGAUUCCAGACUCAUCGAGGGACGCAAGGGCAGUUUCGAGGUCAAACUCGGGGACAAUUCAACCAGCGAGGAUUCAACCGAGGAAAUUAUCCACAACGACAAUUUCGACAACCAUAAAUCAAAAUAUUACAAAUGAGAAGGCAGGUAGAUUAAGAUUUUAUGUAGAAAAUUGGAAAACUAUAACUUCUGAUGAUUUUGUACUUAAGGCUAUUUCGGGCUAUAAAUUAAUAUUUAAUCACACACCUAGUCAGGCCAAAGAACCUAAUAUCCCUAAAAUGAAUGAAGUUGAAUCAGGUUAUAUUGAUUCAUGUAUUAAUGAGAUGGUUAGCAGUGGAGUUAUUCAAAUCUCUAAAGAAGA